GCAGACCGGUAGGUGGUGGUAUGCAGUUUUCACAUUGGCUUGUCACCAAAAUUGAGGACGAAGAAGAAGCAGCGCCCAAAGACCCCGGUGUAAUGAAAUGUGCCGCCCUAAAGUGGAAGGAAAAAAAACAACCAUCGUCUCAAAUAUUAGGUAGUUGCUUGACUAUAUGUUUUUGGUAGAACUUUAACAAACUGCCAAGCUACUCUCGGCAUUUCUCUCUGGUUCCCCUUUAAAGCUGGUCGUCCAACGAAAAAGUUUGACAUUCACUCAGCUGCUGUAGUUGUUGUCAGAGGAUGUACUCAUACAAGUCUGAGUACAAUGAGAGGCGGCAGUACGGUGACAGAAGUUCAAGGCAAUGGGAUGACCGUGAUGACAGAUGGGAAGAAAGGCGUGAAUCUCACAGAGAUGGCCCACAGGAUUCCUAUCAUAAAUAUGGUGGGGAUGGACACAGCAGCACGAAGAGAACAAGCAGAAGUAGAGAGUACAGUGACUCACCUAAAAGGGUGUACAAUAAAGAUUUACUGAGUAGGGACAGGAGCAGAAAGAGCACAGUGGGAAGACGUGUGUCUUCACCUGAUUGGGGUGCCUCUGAAAAGAAAAUGCGAAGGCUUGCAGAGGAUGAUGAAAAUGGUUACAGGUACAGGAAUGAGUGUGAGAAUAAGACGUACAUGCAACCACCAGACAGUUUUUCACAUUCAUACACACCCAAGGAUUUGAAAGAUACACCCCAGGAUGAGGAUUUCAGAUACAGGAAAACACCUCAAGACUUCAGACACAGGCAUCGGCAUGAGGAGUUUACAUACAGGCAGCAAUGUGAUGAUUUCAGACACAUGUCUGGAUGUCACAAAGAUAGAGAUCAUGAUGAAAGGAGCUGGGACCAUUCACAGGAGAGGUCACAAUCACAAGAUCGCUCAACAAAGAGUUAUUCCAAGGCCAGAGAGAGGAAUGAAAGCCCUUCCACAGAUCACAAAGAUCUACAUCAGAAUAGAUCUUUUAAGAAUGAUGUCACGAACCAAAGUACCACUGUUCCUGGGCAGAAGUUAACCACGGGUUUCCAGCGUUUCCUCGAUGUGCUCAACAAGGGUGUGAAUGUCACCACGCUCACCAAGAUAGUCACUCAGACCUCUGCAGAGGCCAGUCCGGCAUGUUCUCCAACUUUUGCAGCUCAAAUGUGGGCUCCCACUUCUGUGAGGCAGCAAGGAAGCCACCAAGAGAACUACCAGUGGGGCAAGAGCGAGGGAUCACAGAGACUGUCUCCUCCACAGUGUCAUCCCAGGUCCUUCAGGUCAGAAGGAUGCUCUUUGUCUGAUGAAAAGUCUCUGCAGAGGAGUGAUGGAGGACAAAGCUGCUUGAGGUUGCGCAGCAGAUCCACAUCUCCAUCGGUGGUGGACAAGAUAACCCUGACACCUGAAGAAGAGCACAGGCAAAUGCAGGGUGUUUUGCAGGCCAUUGGCAUGGAUUUGGGAUUUGAGGAACUGGGCCAAAUGUCACAUCGAAUCCAGGAGCGGUUAUAUGGAAAGAAGGUUAGUGACUUGGGCCAUCGUCGUAGAGGAAGUGGAGAACAGGACAAGGAGGGAGUGUUUUCUCCAAGACAUCGAAGCAGAUCAUCAUCAAGCAGAUCUAAUAUCAGCCCUUUGACUCAGGCCUAUGAUGUGAAAAAAGACUCGUAUAGUGCUCAGAUUGAUGUACCAGAGAUGUAUCAAACUGCUGAAUAUUGUCAGAAUAGGAGCAGUAGUUCUGUACAGGAUGGCAUGACAUGUGAAACUAACUCCCUGGAAAGCACUGCUGAAUUACAAGCAUUUUCUCAAAAUCCCACUUACUCCUUAUUGGAACCACCUCCUACACCUGCAGUGCUGACGUACUCUCCAUUCCAGCCAUACCCAGCCCAGCCUCCAGUUUUACUUCCACCCUUAUCCCAUGUUGUACCCAGGUUUUUCCUGCCUCGCCGGCCUCCCUUGCUGCCUACCCCUCAUAUGCAACCUAUGAACAUCUUUCCAGCACUACUCUCUCAAACAAGGCACCUACUCCCACAAUGCAUUGGUAAUCCUCAGUCACCCUUUUUUAACCUGCCAGGUAUAAACCCAGUUCAGCCCGUGAGCACAACACAAAAAUCCAAAACUGUAUCAAGGCCACGAUGUUUGCAGGUCAUAGAAACCAAACAGGCUGGAUGAAGACAGUUGCACAGGGUGGAAAUCUGACUAUAAACAGGACUGAGGCAAACUAAUGUUUCAGUAGCUACACCAGGAGUCAAGCAUAUGAAGAGUUGGGCCUCCAGACAGUCCUGCUUUAAUUACGGAUUUGAACAUCACAUCAUAGAAAAUCAGAGUUGGACAUUUGUAACCUGUCCAGCAACAACAAAAAAUAAGGCCAACAAAUGAUUUAAACAACAUUUUGAUAUACACAGUAGUUAAACAAUUUUUUUUGGGGGGGGGGGGUGGCGCUGGCGCUCUGACUAGUCCAUCCUUGUACCCAUAGCAGAAUGACACACUGAAGAGAAACAAUGUGCAGCAAGUGUUUUUCAUAGAUUUCUAAAAUCAUUCUUAAUUUUUAUCUAAAAUUAGUUUAAAUACUGUAAUGUGAUGCAUUUUAUUUUUUGUUGAAAUUUGAAUUGUCUGCUGGUCUUUUUGUAUAGCCUUUGUCAUUAUGAAAUGCACUGUAGUUCAUUGUUCAGUCUACAGUAUGUUGGCCCAGUUAUGACAACAAAUGUGCUUUGCAUGUCAGCUUGUCUGGUUGACAUGUUUUCUUUGUGUACACAUGCAGAAAACCAUUGUAUACGCAUUGAGUUGCAUAAUAUUAAACUGAUUCUAAGUAAA